CAGUUUUUCAUGAAAUUUUUCCUUGGCAGCCUGUCAUAAGAUUGCUGAAGAUCAAACUAGACAUUUGUUAUUUUUGAUCGCUAGUUUGUUCUUAGUGUCAAUUUUUUUUUAACUUGAAGAAUUAUGGAAGACUACGAAGCAAUUUUACUCGUUAAGCAAGAAGUUUUUGUUUUUAAAAUACCUCCACGUACAUCUAAUCGAGGAUACAGAGCUGCAGAUUGGAAUCUAUCUACUCCGGAUUGGACGGGCCGGAUGCGCCUAUUAGCCAAAGGCACCGAGUGCAUCCUAAAGUUGGAGGAUAAGGUUAGCGGAGAACUUUUCGCCAAGUGUCCGGUAGAUCAGUAUCCUGGAAUCGCCAUCGAAGCAGUAAGCGACUCUUCGAGAUACUUUGUGGUUCGAAUUCAAGAUGAUUCUGGGCGAGCCGCGUUCAUUGGUGUGGGCUUUGCCGAUCGAUCAGACAGCUUCGAUUUGAACGUAGCCCUUCAAGAUCACUUCAAAUGGGUGAAACAAAGCCAAGAGAUGGAAAAAGAAGGUACAACGGAGGAGGCUGCAAAACCCCGAUUAGAUCUCAGUUUCAAGGCCGGUGAGACCAUCAAAAUCAACAUGAAAAUUGGGAAAAAAGACGGAGAUGGUGCUACCAAGCCUAAAACGAAACCAUUGGGAGGGUUGCCUCCUCCGCCGGGUGCAGUACGCUUAGCCCCACCAGGAGGAAUAAAACUUAAUGUUGAUGGCGCUGACGGAGGAUUAAAACAGCCAGAGCCAUUGCAGCAAGAAAUUUGGGGCGAUUUCACAAGUGCUGGACCCAGUACUACCACCGCUCCCCCAAAACCACCAGUGAGUUCCAAUUGGGUCCAAUUCUGAAAGGAUCCAUAUCUACUGCGAAAUUGAUUUUGGACCCUUGAAACGAAUCUGAAAAAUAAAUGGCCCAGAGCCGUUUAUGGGAAAUUUUUUUGUUCUCUCACAUUCCUCCCUAUUGUUGAAUUAUGCUGAAUCUUGAAUGUUAAUUCAAUCUAUUAUCAAUUACUUACCAUAACUCUCUACGAAUAGGUUCGCGUUGUUGUAAGAUUAUUGAUUGGGUAUUAUCGUAGUGCAUGUUCGUGUUGCUACAGCCAGUCUCCUCAUACAACGGUUACUUAAAA